GUUUCCGGACGACGAUAUUUUCGUGUGAGCACUUUCAGAAAUUAGGCUCAUUCGCGCUUAAAGAAAAUAAAUUUAAAACUUAUAAAUUUGGUACCUUUCCGGCCUAAUCGUGGAAGGGGAAAUGGCAGUACCGGGUCCUAAUAAGGACAACAUCAGGGCCGGGUGCAAGAAAUGUGGAUAUCCGGGCCACUUAACGUUUGAGUGCCGCAAUUUUGUUCGAGUCGACCCCCAGAAAGACAUCGUCCUGGAUGUGAGCAGCACCAGCACCGAGGAGAGCGACGAAGAUGACGAAGAGCCUGCAGUUCAGCGCAAUGAGAAGCUGGUACGAAGGGGCCAGCAUCGGAAAGGUUCCCAUGAUGACUACGAACGUGAUAGAAAAAAGAAGCAAAAGCGAAAGAAAAGCAAAGACAGGAAGUCACGAAAGAGAUCUGAUUCAUCGUCUAGUGACGAGGAGACCCCAAAGAAGAAAAAGAAACGCAGCAGGUCCUGCUCGUCUUCUGAUGAAGAGGAGAGGAGGAAGAAAAAGAAAUUAAAAAGCCACAAGAAGAAAAGCAAAAAGAACAAAAAGGAGCACGGGAAACAUCAAAAAAAGAAACAGAAGAAGAGGAAACACGAAUCGUCCUCCUCUUCCAGCUCCAGUGAUUCCUCAGAAAGUGACUGAACCAACUGUCUGUGCAGCUUCAGGACAUCCAGCAUAUUUAUUUUCUAGCUCAAGAGAAAUGUUUCAGUAACAUUGUUUAAAUAAUGCACCUCAUCUUACAUCUGUACACAUCAAAGAUUUAAAUCAGCAAUUACUGGAAGUUACAAACUGGACACUGAACAAGGGGUGUUUCACAUUGGACCUGUGUGUAGAGGUUUUUAAGUGAUGUGUAGUGGUAGCCAUCAGUGGAGGUUUUUUUAAUUUCUGCUCCAGUAAGUGAAAAGAGUCACGAUGCAUUAUAUCUGUUGGCUGAAACAUUGGCCAGUCUUAACACCCAUUUGCUUUUCAGUACCAAUAAGUUUGUAGUAAUUGGGCCACGUAACUAAAAAGGUUAUUUUUUACGGUAUAGAAAAUCUCAAAAAAUUGUGUUGUACUUCGACAACUUGAACUCAGUGAAAUCUUUCAGAUAUUCCUGAUAAGACUGUGUAGUUGUUACUAUUGUGACUGUCAGACAAUUUUUUUUUUUUUUUCACUGAAUCAUUUAUAUUCUGUAAAGAAAAACAAAAAAAACAUGGACAUUUAAAACACUUUUAAGUGUCAGGUUAGGGAACAAUGAUGAACAGCUUUGGUUUUUCUGCUGCAAUAAAAAUAUAUAUUUGUA